CGAAAUUGAACCACGUAUAACACUAGUUAGACAACCAUUCGCUGUCUAUACGAGGCGAAUCAAAAAUUACAUAAAUCGCAUCGAUUUUUUUUACCGUUAUAUUUAAAAUGAGCAAUGUGGAUGUGAAAAUCAAUUCAGAAAUAAACAAUAAUAGUGGUAGUUGUUUGGCGGGAAAAGUAUUGCGGAAAACAUCACAAGUGUCGUUAUCUAGUGUGUCGGACUGUCAAUCGGAUUCUAGUGAAGAUGGAUCGAAGAUUGAAAUGAAGACCUCCUUACAGGAGAUCGCUAAGAAGGUUGAAGAUAAAAGAGCUCUAUUCAAACUAAGAGGACGGUCAAUGUCUGAUGGAGAAGCAAGGAAACUAAAAGACGAUGAACUUAAUUUUGAAGUAUUCCCUAGUCUACCUAACUCAGUUUUGGAAAAACUUGGCCUUAGAGGAAAUGGACCUAGAGAGCACAUCAGCGAGGAGGAACUAGAACAAAAAUUCACCAGUUUAGCGUUAGCUUUCACCAUAGAUGCUGCCACCAUCAAAGACAGAUGUGAGCGUCAAAAGCGAUCCAGAGACCAAACCGAAACCAAUCUCAAUAUGGAAAUUGAGAAACUCCGGGAGAGACUGACGUUGAUGCAACCUCUCUGUACGGAUUACGAAAAAGCAGAGUUAUUUUCAACUAUAGUCACACAGAUAGACACCAUAAUGAAUGCUAUUUCUUUAGUGUCGAUGUCUGCGGAACGAUUUGGGGCUGUACAACAUGAAGAAAGGUUAACAGACUCUGUAGGUUUAAUGAUUAGCCAUGUGCAAACACUGAAACAACAAAGAGACGCUGCUAGAAGGCAAUUGCAAUUCACCAAAAGAGUUCUUCAAAAUUCGCCUGAUUCCCUAGGCAGUCCGACGACCUCCCUUAAAAGUACGUCUCCUCUCACGCCAAAUAGGAAAAUUAUAAGCCAAAGAAGAGCCAGCAUAGCUACUUUUACACAGCAACCUAAUGAAAAUAAGCCUUUUGUGGAAAUGAAAAAGAUUACUAGAAGAACGUCAGAUUUAUCUUUAAGACCACCUGCUUUGAAUAGAAUCAUUAGGCCUAAUAGAUUGGAUUUAGGUGGGGAAUUGGUGAAAAUUAAAGAGGGCUAUGCCGAAAUGGAAUUUUUACAGGAAACAGAAGUAACAUCAGAUGCAGAAAAUGAAGAAUCUCAGAAGGAAUCGCCUUCAACUAUGUCUAGUCCAGAAGAAGAGUGUCAGAAAGAAAUUGAUCUUUCAAAAUUACAUUUAAGGGACCGAUUCAUCUACGAAUACAGCAUAAUAAAAAAGACUGUGGAAGACAAAUACGAGAAUUGGACAGAAAAUGGAACGCUACAUAAUGUCUAUAGUUUUUGUGCUUUGCUAUGUUUUUCUUUUAGCCUUAUUAUGUUAGUGAACAUUUUUAUUGAAUACGAGUAUGCCAAGUGGGGAAUUUUGCCUUGGAGAAGCCAAAACGGUGAAAAUAACAUUAAAAAAUAAAUAAAAUGUAGAUCGACCAAUGUUAUUGUUUUGUGUUUUAUUGAAGAAAUGUUUUUGUAUACCUACUUGUUGAAUAUUACUUGAACUAUUUGUGACUAUUUAUUUUGAAAAUAUUAGAAAAUAAAGAUUAAAAAC